UUGGUUUAGACUGUCUAAAUAUAGCAAUAGGCUCUCCACAGUCUUUCUUUCCGUGUAGUGCCGUGUCGUAUGAAGAAGUAUAUCCAGCUCCGGUGCCGUGGAUUUUACUUAAUUGAUUAAUUUUUGUGUGGCGUGUGGCCAAAAUUCAAUUCAAUUAAAGUUGAAAUCUUUUUUUUUCCAUUCAAUUGUCAAUCAAACGAUUGUCAUUGAGAAAUAAUCAAAAAUUUCAAGUGAUCGUUAUAUUGACAACUCAAACAUGUUUAUCGUCAAUACAUAAUGUUUAGGGGGCUAUCUUUAGAUAGAAACGUUUUAAAAGAGACUCAUAAAAAUGGUGUGUGUGGCAAAUGAAGUUAAAGUGGAAUGUGUGGUUUGCGAUGGAGAGGAAAAAACUCCAUUGUGCAAUUUUACACUUCCAGUGUCUACAACCGUUGAAGAACUCUAUAAAUUAGUUACAAAUUUUCGUAAAUGUGAUCCGUGUUCCUUUGAACUUAAAUACCGUGGGAUUUCAGUGGCGGAGGGAGAUUUUUCCUUAUUUACAACUUUAAUUCAAUUGGAUCCAAAAUGUUUGAAUCAAACGACUGAUUUUAUUUUAGAAAUACAUGAUUUCCCACCAAAACCACCGGACAGUCCACCAAAAUUAAAUCAUGAAUUAACUGAUAAUGAGGACACAUUUUUUCAGAAAAAAUUGUAUAAAAAAGUUAUUGAUAAACCUUCAAAACCCACGACUAGUUUGAGUCGAACGGUCGAUUUUAUUACUAGUCAACCUACAAAGAACUAUGUAGGAUUGGUAAAUCAAGCAAUGACUUGUUAUUUAAAUAGUUUACUGCAAGCAUUGUACAUGACACCAGAAUUUCGAAAUGCUUUGUACAAUUGGGAAUAUGCUGAUGGUUCAGAUAAAGAUCAAUCGACUAGUAUACCAUAUCAAUUACAAAAAUUGUUUCUCAAUUUACAGAUUUCAACUAAAUCAGCCGUUGAAACAACAUCAUUGACAAAAAGUUUCGGUUGGGAUUCAUCGGAAGCAUGGCAACAACAUGAUAUUCAAGAACUUUGUCGAGUUAUGUUUGAUGCUUUAGAAAAGAAAUUUAAAAAUACAGAACACUCGAAUCUUAUCAAUCGUCUUUAUGAGGGAAAAAUGAUUGACUAUGUAAAGUGUCUCGAAUGCAAAACAGAAAAAACGAGAGAGGAUACUUUUCUUGAUAUUCCAUUGCCAGUGAGGCCAUUUGACAGUACAACUGCAUAUGAGAGCGUGGAGGAAGCACUAACAGCAUUUGUAAAAUAUGAAACAUUAGAUGGAAACAAUCAGUAUCAUUGCGAGAAAUGUAAUAAAAAAUGCGAUGCACAUAAAGGUCUUAAAUUCACAAAGUUUCCUUAUAUAUUAACGUUGCAUUUAAAAAGAUUUGAUUUCGAUUAUAAAACACUUUUUAGAAUGAAACUUAAUGACAGAGUCACUUUUCCGUACUAUUUGAAUUUAAAUUCUUUCAUUGAGAUGCCAGUGAGUAAAGAAUCUCCUUGCUUUGAAGAAGACGCUGGAAUGAGUGUUAAAUUUGAUGACACUUCAACGACUGAUAGUGUAACAAUAGAAGAUGAUAUUCCACCACCUUGCAAUGGUGUGGCGCAUGAUCAAGAAAAUGACGAGGGAAUAGAUAUAAGUAAUGGAAUAUCAACGACAAAUGGCAUAACAAAUUGUCACGAUACUGAGAACAAUGGUUCAAAAGAUGAAGGUCCUUAUAUUUAUGAUCUUUUUUCAAUUAUGAUUCACAAUGGAGGUGCUAGUGGUGGUCAUUAUUAUGCUUACAUUAAAGACUUUACAACUAAUCAAUGGCUGUGCUUCAAUGAUACAACAGUUACUCCAAUAACAGAAAGUCACAUUGAACGUGUUUAUGGUGGUGGUCCAACAAAAGCAUAUUCAAGUAGUACAAAUGCAUAUAUGCUUAUGUAUCGACAAAUAGAUGAUACAAAAAAUGAUGUUCCAAUGCAAGAGGAAGAAUUUCCUGAACAUAUUAAAUUACUUUUGGAAAAAAUGAAAGAAUCUGAGGACGAUGAUAAAAAAUAUGAUGAUAUACAAUUGUCAUAUAAAAUUAGAGUUACUUGUUUUCAUCCAAAAGCAAAGAAAUAUAUGUUAAAACAAAUACGUGCAUCACAGGAUUCAACAUUUAUUGAAUUAAAGGAGAAAGCUUAUGAGAAAUUUAGUUUAUAUGGUGAUGUUGAUAUUGAUCAAUGUCGACUUGUAUUUUACGAUUCAUUGAAUGAUUUAAUAAAACAUAGUUACGAGGGCGAUGAAACGGAAAAGCUUAGUGAAAUUUUUAAAAAUUCUUCCGAACUUAUGGAUUUACUUCUUGAAAUUCGUGCCAAGGAUCAAGAAUUCGAAAUUUAUAAACCAAAUGGCAUUCCGAUGCAAGUUUAUGUUAUCGAUACAAUUCGUGAGGAUUUUAUUGAUGGACCAUUUAAUGUAAGAGCUCAUAAUCUUCAAAGUGGAAUUGAAUUUAAACAACAAUUGUCAAAAAUUAUUAACAUUGAUCCACGCAAUAUGAAUGUCUAUAUAAAAAAUAAUCCAAAAAAUAGAUAUCAUAUAUUUGAAGAUGAUAAAAUAUUAGAAUCCGAUAGUAUUGAUAUUGGAUGUUCAAAUAAAGCAUUUGUUACAACACCAAGUGAACCAGUCAAUGCAGAAGAAUCAACUCCAUUUACUAUUCUUGAUCUUAUCAAAAAUUUUCAACGAGUAAUGUGGUUGCAUGUUCAAUUACCCAACAUUGAUAAAGAUUAUACAGAUGAAUUACAAUCACUUGCAUUGGAAAAUAAAGAAGAAACAACAGAUUCAGUUGAUGAAGUUGAUUUAAUUGAAUCUAAUGAUUGUUCAAAAAUCGUUAACAAUAAUAAGGAUAAGGAAUUUUCAACGCAAGAUUUAAAUAAAGAGAAAAAUCGAAAUUCAGAUGAUCAAAAUACAAUAAAAACUGAAGGAAUUUCAUUUGAUUGUGUUGAAGAAAAGGAAAAAUGUUCAAUACGUAAUUCAAAUGAAACAACAGUUAAAUGGCAAGGUUUAGAAAGUGCAAGCGAAGAUAGUAGUUUAAGCGAUAGUGAAAAAACAUUAGUCGACAAUAGUUCUGUAAAAAAUAAUUCAUUUUGUGAAAUUGAUACAUUUUGCGAUAAACUUUAUCACAAUUAUCCACAAUCAAAUGAAGAACCAAAUUAUUAUUUUAAAAGUAUUUUCGAUACAUCCGAAGGAAACGAUAGACUAUUAAAAGUAUAUGCCGAUGAAAGAAUAACAAUUGAGACAUUAAAGAAAAAAUUGGAAAAAAUUGUUGGCCUUUCAGUUGAUUUAUUUAAUGUUUGUGCACAAAAUUCCGUUGCAUUAGAAAUGGAUAUUAUUGAUUUAAAUAAUCAAUUAAGUGAUUACAGUAAUGGCCAAAGAUUUUCAAUUAUAUUGGGAAGAGCAUUAAGAAAAAGGGAAAUAAAAUUAAAAUUUUAUCUAUUAAAUCCAUCGUGUCCACAUGAACCAUAUAAACAUUUAUUUGAUCUUUAUACAUCAAAAGAUACGCGCGUUGCUCAAGUUAAAGAAGAAGUUAUUGUUGAAUUAAAGAAAAAACAUAAUAUUGAUAUUCCAUUAAAGAGGCUUAGGUUUAGAAGAAAAAAAAAUACAUUUAUUACAAAAAUAAUGUUUAAUCAUUCAAAAUUUCAUGAUUUUGCAUUAAGACGUGAAUGUGAAAUAGUUAUUCAAGAAUUACAAGAAAAUGAAACUGUCAAAAGUUCUGAACAAAUUGUUUUAUUUGUACGAUUAUGGUCGAGAAGUACACUUGAACUUCAACCAUAUCAAGAAAUUGUACUCAAUGAAAGAAGUAUCACUGAAUUAAUGGAAAAGAUUGCGUCCUUAUCAAAUAUACCGGAAGAUUGUCUCGAAAUAGCAAUGGGAAAAGGAAAUUUUCCUUGUGAAAAUACAAACUUCCUUAAUUUGGAUAACGAAGCAAUUUGGAGAACGCGAAUUCAGGAAACCGAAAAGUGCUCAAUUACAUUAAAUAAUGGAAUUAUUAUCUUGUAUAGAAAUUCGAAAGAGCCUUUAAAACAAUUGAAUUCAGAGGAGACGGCAGAAUUUUUGAAAAAAGAAAGAUCACGUUUACACGCUUCAGGAAUUCCAAAUUAUUAUAAUCAUCGAAGAGAAAAACCAUUGAAAAUAUACUUUAAUUCGGAUUGACUCUCUUGUGAUCGAUUCACAACUACGAAUUUUCAAAGUCUAUAAGCUAUAUAGGAUAUAAAAUAAUUGCGAGUGAAGAGAAUUAGAUAUAUAUUUUUUUUUUAAUUGUUCCAAAAUCGGAACAUUGAAAGAGAUUUUGUCGUAAUCUUCACUUAACUCCGACAUUCAGUCUUCCUUUCUUAAAAAAAAAAAAAAAAAAAAAAAAAAAAAAAAAAAAAUUCAGUCUUUCUACAAAACAAAAAAAAAAGGAAAAUAAAUCUCCUACAUAAUAGAGUGUCGAGAAAAUAAUAUUAAAUGUCCCUUCGAAGAAUUAUCAGUUUUAAGAGAGAGACUUAUUUUCUAACUUUUAACUUUUCCUAUUAUAUUGGUCGAUGUUUUUCCUUGUAGUGUACCAAACAUCUCUUUCUACUUGGAUAUUUGUCAAGAAUUGACUGUGAAAAAAAAAUUGGAGGAAACUGAAGAUAAAUUCUGUAUAUAACAUACAUUUAAGGACUCCGCUCUUAACCAUUAAAAAAAAAAAAAAAAACCUGUGACCGAAAAAAAGAUUAUCGACUCCGUAAUUUGUGAAUUAUACAAUAUUUAUGUUUUUUUUUAAACAAUUGGACAACAGGUAAUAAAAAUUAAAUUAUUUUUUGAAUUUUAAAUCGCUUUUUUUCUAUUUCACUGCACUUUCUUUUUUUUUUUUUUUUUUAUUGUACUGCUUUUAUAAUAUAAAAAUUGCGGCUUUUGUCGACAAUAUUCUAUAUAUACUAAAGAAAAACACUUUUCAAAAAGAUUUUUUAAAAAAAAAACUUUUAAUGUUUCUCUUUUACACUACCAAAAAAAAACUUUUCUAAAACUUCAAGUGUCAUUUGUGACACUAAAAAAAUUACAAUUCCUUGCAUCUUUGAAUUAUUAUUAUUAUUAUUUAAAUAACAAAUUAUUUAUUGGAUCUGUUGUGUAAAAUUCCGAGAUUAAUUCAACGGAUUUAAUAAUUGCUUUAACAAGAAAUGAGAGCUUUAGUUUAUAUUAAAAAAAAAAAAAAAUUCAAUUAAUUUAUUAUUUAAUUUUACCAAGUGAUAAAUUAUUUAUAUUUAGAAAAGAAAAAUUAAAGUUGAAAAUUAUAAUUUUUCUACGCCAAGAAAAAAACAAAUUUUUUGUGUGUUAAUAUUAAAAGAUUUUGAAUUAUAAAAAAUGUAAAUUCAUUUCUUAACUGCUCUCUUUUCUUUAUAAUUGCUUAUUUGUAAGAAUGACUUUGUAAAUUUUAAAUGUUAUUAUUGUUUCGAAAAACGUGAAAAAAAAUACGGAUGGAGAAAAAUCCUUCUUGUGGAUAAUAAUCGAUAUCGAUUAAGACUUAUUACAUCUCUCCUGACCACCGACGAUCAAACAAACAUUUUUCUGUAUUAUACACUAUAAAGAAAUUAUAUUUAUAAUUAUUAACAAAGGAACAUUGUAACUGAA